UCUGUAGCUUUCUAAACUAAAUCAAGUUUCCAUUAAAAUCAUGGUAUAUCUAGUUACACAAUUAUUAUUCUCCCUGCUGGUCCUGAAGACAGCACAGUGCUUUUCUACAUCAGGAGUUCCUUGUUAUCUGCAUCCAUCAAGAGACGGUUGUCACUACAGUCAGAAGAUUGACUCUCCUGCAUGUACUAGCCCCAAGACAAGAGCAAAAUUUGAAAAUGGGGUAAAGCAAUUGAAUAGGUCCAUGUACUCUCUGGAGCAGCAACUCAUCAGGCUGGGCAUCAUUCCGCCAGACAAUGCCUGUUCUGAGCUGCCGGUGGUUGACAAUAGUGGUGUCGUGUACAGUGACCUAAACUUAGCUCCAGGAUGUGUAGGAAAGUACAUCUGCAAUGAGGGGUACUUUCUGAAGACCUUCAACGGACGUAGAGAGUUUAACUGUACCGAAGAUGGCAUUUGGGAUGGGAAUGUAACUUCUGCACCUAUUACUUGUCUUUUGGAAGUUGACAGGUGUGAUCUACCAAGUAAGAUAAAUAACGGGAAUAUUGAAAGUGACAAAGUCGCCCUACUGCCAGGAGAUCUGGUCACUUACACUUGUGAGAAAGGUUAUGAGUUGUCAGGCCAAGGAAAAAGGUAUUGCUUAAGAAACGGAAAUUGGAGUGAUCAACAGCCUGAAUGCUUGAAAAAGAAUCCAGAUUUGGUUGAUGCCGAAGCUGUCAGCAGUAGUCCAGGAAUGGUUGCUGGUGUAAGUACUAGCUCUGUGUUGCUGUUUCUGGCAGUCGUGGUUAUUACUGUGCUUGUUGUUUUGGUCAUAUAUAGAGUCCGGAAGCAGCGUAAAGGAAUAGCAAACGAUGUAAGAGAUUCCCUCACUGUCAGUGAUGAAGACUUUUCUCCGUCUCAUCGUGUAAUGAGUUCAGGGUAUGCAAACAUCGAUGAAAAUGAAGCCAAGCAAAAACCUCAGCCAUCCAGGAAAUCGGGAAAAUCAGUUUAUCGUGAAAAAGAAUUCGAGAACAGUACUUUAUAAAACUCAGAAAAAAACUCAUUGACUACGCAAAAUCAUGCAUGUAGAUCUAUACAAGUGUGCACACUGUAAUAUAAUUACUGAGUCUUGAUUAUUUCGUACACAACAAUUAAUUGAGUUAACAGUUAAUA